CUUAAAAACAGUCGCUAGCUAACACAAAAGAGACGGUGCGCCGCUUCCUCGACGGUCGUUAGCAUGUUCGCUUGUUUCUCCUCCUCAUCGUGAAGUUUAAUUAUUUGCCGCGUGUUGGUGUAAAGUGCCGACGAGGAUCAGUGGAGCCUGGUUCAUUCAGUGUGUGAGGCCCAUUGCUCGACAGAAAAUGGACGACAGCUAGCGUUAGCGUGUUUUUUUUUCUUUUCGCGUGCAAUGUUUUUAGCGCUGCUAGCUUUCCUUUCUAAACUUUGUAUUCCCCGAUACAUGUGUGUGUAAUCACUCCUGCAUCUCUGCCUCUCCGUCAUUUCCUCUCUGCUGGUGAAGACAGGAACUAAAAAAAUGGAAGAGCAAGGUUUGGAAAAUGAGGAGUUGACCCCGAGCCUUCCCCUGAGUCAGAUAUCCUUCCCAGAUCUGUGGGCGAAUGUAGUGAUGCCGUCCAUCUCCAGCAUCCCAGGGCCAGUGGAUGACAUGGACAUGUUGCUCAUGCAAGAUGAGUUAGAUUUGAACUGCCUGUUUGAACUGCCUCCAGAGACGGUAACUAAAGAUGGCGUUAUUCCCCCAGCCUCCACCGUCCCGGUCACGACCGACUACCCUGGGGAAUAUGGCUUCCAGCUUCGCUUCCAGAAGUCUGGCACAGCGAAAUCUGUCACCUCCACUUUUUCGGAGCUUCUCAACAAGCUGUAUUGCCAGCUGGCUAAAACCAGCCCUGUGGAGGUGUUGGUGAGCAAGGAGCCUCCUCAGGGUGCUUUCCUCAGAGCCACAGCGGUCUACAAGAAGACGGAGCAUGUGGCUGAUGUUGUCCGUAGAUGCCCCCAUCACCAGAAUGAGGACACUGCAGAGCAUCGCAGCCAUCUGAUCAGACUGGGGGGCAGCCAGAGGGCUCAGUAUUUCGAAGAUCUACACACAAAGAGGCAGAGUGUGACCGUCCCAUACGAACCCCCUCAGCUGGGCUCAGAGAUGACGACCAUCCUGCUGAGCUUUAUGUGCAACAGCUCAUGCAUGGGCGGCAUGAACCGCAGACAGAUCCUCACCAUCCUGACCCUCGAGACUCCCGAGGGACUGGUGUUGGGUCGGAGAUGCUUCGAGGUGCGUGUCUGUGCAUGUCCAGGAAGGGACCGUAAAACCGACGAGGAAAGCAGCACCAAGACACAAAGCGGCCCCAAACAGACCAAGAAGCGUAAGACUAACCCAGUUCCCCACACCACUACGAUGAAGAAAUCAAAGUCUGCCUCCAGCGCAGAGGAAGAGGACAAGGAGGUCUUUCAUCUUCCUAUUGUCGGUCGGGGCCGCUACGAAAUGUUUAAAAAAAUCAACGAGGGUUUGGAGCUUCUGGAUCGAGAGAAAACCAAGAACAAAGUCUCAGUGAAACAAGAGCUCCCUGUUCCCUCCACUGGAAAGAGACUCCUGCAGAGAGGAGAGCAGAGCGACAGUGACUGAGAAGCUCGUUGCCUUGAUCAUGACGACAAACGCCAUCUCUUAAUCCUUCACAUCGUCAGGUUUUAUAUCUGGUUAUUUACUCGUCAUCUGAUACCUAAAAUCACCUCCUGCCGCCCUAUGCCAGAAAACUUGAGCUGAUUACUGUGUUAGCGCUGUACAGUGUUAAGAACAUUUACUUAUGAAUAAAAGUUGAAUUCAUUAUGAAGAGGAGAGCAGUUGACUCUGUAAACAGACCCUGUCUCACUGCUCUCACUGUAGAGGUCCAGUGAAAUGGAUUUUGAGGAAACGGGACAUUGGGGUGGGACCUAAAAUGGUGGGUGCCUGGAUUCAGUCAGUGUUAAUUUUUGGGGUGGGAUUUUUAUUUCAGUUUUAAUGACUCCGUUUUUAAAAUGUGUCAUUCCUGUUGGCUUUUAUAAUGCAUUCAUUUUAAUCAGAUUUUAAUUGGUUAAAAAAAAAAAGAAACCCAAAGAGAUCCUUUUUUUUCGUGUUUCAUCAAAUAUUAAUUAUGAUCAAGUGCGUUUCAAACCUGAAAAUCCAAACAAGGUUCAUGUCUUUGUUACUUUGUUUACAUUUGAUGUUUGGUUUCUCAAAUUGAAAUUUAGGGAGCACGUUUGCAUUACAUACUUGUCUCCUGGACCGUGUCUCCUGGACCGUGUCUACUUGACAUGGAUGGGUUUGUAGAAGGGCAUGUCUCUCGAUGUCAGUAUGUUGUGAAUGCAGUUUUUGUUUUUGUUCAGUUUUUCGAAAAGCAGUAAAAAAAAAUAAAAAUAAGUAUUUACGUUUGAAUGGGGGAAAUGAAUUAACUGGUUCACUUAGUUAAAUUUGUUGCCACUUUUGAUAUUUCAACCAACAAAAUGCUUGUCAAGCAAUCCUGCAAACCACUUCUGCUUAAUUUUCUUCUUCUGUUGUUCUGUAGUCAACGACCUGGACCAAACACCACGGGUAUGUUCCGUGCAUGCAAACAAAGACAUUUAAAAAACAGACAGGAGCAAACUUAACGCUACAUUAAUGCACAGCUAUGCCGUUUUUAUUUUUAUUUCUGUUCAAAUCAACACUGUUUGUCUGAUGAGGGGCUGGCUGGAUCACCCCCCCGAAAACCUGAUCACAAGUUUUUAGUACCUGUGAGUUUUCAUACAACAAAAUUACACCUUGGAGGAAAUGAGAGGAUUUGCACACAUGCAAUUUUCUUUUGGAUACUUGGACAACAAUCACACUUAGGUACAUUAUGACAUGUUUCUUUUCAUGGGACCUUUAAAAUAAAAAAAAGAAUUCAGGAUAUUUGUUACUUGUUUGCUUCCAUCCACAAGUUUAAUCAGCACUUGAGUUCAACCAAUCACUGUCUUUUAAUAAAACCACUCUAAUUUUACACUGCCAUGAAAUAUACGUAAGGCAUUUCCUUUUUUUAAUUGUAUCUGUUUCUUUUAUAGAUUAUUUUGGGAGCGUAGUUUUAUAUAAGAGGUUUAUCUUUCUACUGUUUAUUUUUCAUGUUCUUUUUGUACUAAUUUUCAUUUUGUUAGUCAAAGCUUUAAGCCAAAAAUAAAUGCUUAACGUCA